UGCUGCUGCUGUACAGUUCUUUGUCCGCUCGGGCGCACACGGCGAUUGCCUCGGGCUUUUGGUCGUCCAUUCAGUGAAGCCAAGUGGAUUGAUCAGACCAGCCAGCAUGUGGGCUGCACGUCCACAAAAAGAGCAGGUGCCCCCUGCUCUGGGGUUUGACUGCUAAGCAUGCUGGGCAAAUCUCAGCCAACUUCCAGUAGGCUCGAGCUGGUGGACUCGGACGUUUCUGAAGCCUCAGAAGACGAAUACGACGGCAUCAAGAUGGCCGACCUCGUGGAAAGCCUGGAUACCAGAGAGCUGGACAUCGGGGAGGGAGAGGAGAUCGACUACGAUGGAAACUGCUUAGGGGACAGUCGUAUCCCAUUUUCAGCAGUGUAUGGCACAGUGGGUUUUAAGGAGGCCAGCGCUAAGGUCUACCUACCCACUGUGCCCAUUACCGCCCGGAUCCUGGAGGUGGAGAGGUUCACCACCGCACAGGAUCGCUUCAACUUGUCGCACCACAGGAGUGUCAACAAGUCUCUGCCAGCGGUCUUUAAGAUUGAGCUGAAGCAUGGAGAAUUUACCUGGGUGGUUAAGAGGAAGGAGAAGCAUUUCAUGGAGCUGCACAGAGAGCUGAGGACGUACAAGACCUUCAUGAGGAUACCACUGCCAUCACGCAGCCACACAGUGAGGAGACGGACGGUGAGGAAGAGCGAGGUGAGGGAGAUGCCCUCCCUGCCCAGGGGGGGAGGAGACGAGCUGGUUCGAGACGAGCAGGUGUCCAGCAGGAGGAGACAAUUAGAAGACUAUUUGAACAAGCUGCUGAAGAUGGCCAUGUACCGCAAAUAUCAUCACACUAUGGAGUUCAUUGACGUCAGCCAGCUGUCCUUCAUUCAUGACUUGGGACCCAAAGGACUGGAAGGGAUGAUCUAUAAGCGAUCAGGCGGACAUCGGAUCCCUGGAAUGAACUGCUGCGGUCACAGCCAGGCCUGCUAUCGCUGGUCCAAACGCUGGCUUGUGGUGAAGGAUUCGUUCUUGCUGUACAUGAAGCCAGACUCCGGAGCGAUUUCCUUCGUCCUGCUGGUGGACAAAGAGUUCAGCAUCAAGAUGGACUCCAAAGACACAGAGACCAAACAUGGAGUCCGGAUUGACAGCCUCUCCAGGACCCUGGUGUUUAAGUGCAGCAGCUACAGGCAUGCACGCUGGUGGGGUCAGAGCAUCGAGAGCUUCGUGAGGAGUCAUGGGAAGGCUUUCCUCCGAGAUCACCGCUUCGGAUCGUUUGCACAGGAACAGGAAAACGUUCCUGCCAAAUGGUAUGUGAAUGGAAAGACUUACAUGGAGGACGUGGCUGAUGCCUUGGAGGAGGCCAAAGAGGAGAUCUUUAUCACUGACUGGUGGUUGAGUCCAGAGAUCUUCCUUAAGAGGCCUGUUGUCGAGGGCAACAGGUGGAGGCUGGACUGUAUCCUCAAACGCAAAGCACAACAAGGAGUGCGGAUCUUCGUGAUGCUGUAUAAGGAGGUGGAACUGGCCCUCGGCAUCAACUCAGGCUACAGCAAAAGGACGCUUAUGCACCUGCACCCCAACAUCAAGGUGAUGCGUCAUCCGGACCACGUCUCCUCCUCCGUCUAUCUGUGGGCACAUCAUGAGAAGAUCGUGGUUAUCGACCAAUCGGUGGCCUUCGUGGGCGGGAUCGACCUGGCGUACGGUCGCUGGGACGACGGAGAGCACCGGCUGACGGAUGUGGGCAGCGUGACUCGCUCCGUGGCGCUGGAGCAGGCCAGCUCCACCAACACUCCCUCUACUAAGGGGGUGUCCUCCACCGACGGCGUCUCUCAGAGCAACGGACGGGGAACGCCGCCCGGGGAUUCGGCGGAUUUGCCGAAGCUGAGGGGAAUCGGUCGCAACAGGAUGGUUCGCUUCAGCAUAUACAGACACCUGCACAAGCACACGCUGCAGCACGUGGACAGCGUCAGCAGUGUUGACAGCGCAGGGAGUGGCUCUGUGCGAAGCCUGAAGACAGGUGUCGGAGAGUUGCAGGGAAACACUCGCUUCUGGCAUGGAAAGGACUACUGCAACUUUGUGUACAAGGACUGGAUCCAGCUGGAGAAACCUUUUGAUGACUUCAUCGACAGGUACACGACUCCCAGGAUGCCUUGGCACGACAUCGCCUCGGUGGUUCACGGCAGAGGCGCCCGAGACGUGGCGAGACACUUCAUUCAGCGCUGGAACUUCACUAAGAUCAUGAAGCCAAAGUACCGCUCUCUGUCGUAUCCAUUCCUGCUUCCUAAGUCGCACUCCAGCGCCAGUGAGAUCAGAUACCAAGUUCCCGGUUGUGUAAAUGCCAAAGUUCAGGCGUUGAGGUCAGCAUCAGACUGGUCGGCGGGCAUAAAAUACCACGAGGAGUCCAUCCAUCAAGCCUACAUCCAGGUCAUCGCCAAGAGCAAGCACUACAUCUACAUAGAGAACCAGUUUUUCAUCAGUUGCGCCGACAACAGGACGGUCUACAACAAGAUCGGAGAUGCCAUCAUUGAAAGGAUCCUCAGGGCACAUAAGGAGGGUAAGAAGUAUCGCGUCUACGUGGUCACUCCUCUUCUUCCUGGCUUUGAGGGCGACAUCACCACGGGAGGAGGGAACGCCAUCCAGGCAGUCAUGCACUUCAACUACAGAACAAUGAUCAGAGGAGAAUACUCCAUCAUCUCCCAGCUGAAAAAAGAGAUGGACGACCACUGGAUGAACUACAUCUCCUUCGCCGGUCUGCGGACUCACGCUGAGCUGGAGGGACGUCUGGUCACGGAGCUCAUCUACGUCCACAGCAAGAUGCUCAUCGCUGACGACAACACAGUCAUCAUUGGUUCUGCUAACAUCAACGACAGAAGCAUGCUGGGUAAACGUGACAGCGAGGUGGCGGUGAUUGUUGAAGACUCUGAAAAGGUUCCCUCAGUGAUGGAUGGUCAGGAGUACGAAGCUGGACCCUACGCGCUUCAGCUACGCCUGGAAUGCUUCAGGACCAUCCUCGGAGGCAACACCGACACCAGCAUUGACGUCUCUGACCCCAUCAGUGAUCGUUUCUACAAGGAGGUGUGGAUGACUACAGCCGGCCGCAACGCUACCAUUUAUGAGAAGGUGUUCCGUUGCCUUCCCUCGUCUCUGGUGAGAAACAUGUCCGAGCUGGAACAGUACCAGUCCAAGCCAGGUUUGGCCCAGACCGACUUGAACCGCGCGCAGGAGGAACUGCGCAAAAUCCGAGGUUUCCUCGUCCAGUUUCCUCUGGACUUCCUGUCUGAGCAUAACCUCAUGCCCUCUGUUGGAACCAAGGAGGCCAUGGUCCCCACUGAGAUCUGGACAUAAAGGACCUGAACCUGCCUCUAAACUCACACAUGUGGACUCAGCUGUUUCUGGAGCGUCUUGAGUGAAGCUUCUGGAUCGUGGUCGUCAUUGAAUGUCUAACACAGAGAUCACGUUUGAUUAAUUUAAUCCGGAGACGAGAGUCAGAUUUGCGGUUCUCUUUUGGCUUGAUGUGACUGCUGGGCAUUGACAAAUCUCUCAGAUCUGUUCCUACUGAGACACACUAAUCAGUAGUUACGGCUUGUUAGGUUGAAGCUUUUGGAUGUACAGCAUGAAGAACUCGAAGACAACAACGAUGACUGCAUUGUGAAAUGAAUGAAAUGAAAAGCAGGCACACGGACUUUGGAUUUUGGGAAUCGGUUUUAACUCUGGAUGCUUACACCUUUUUGGACUGUUCGGACAACGAGGAUCUUUAAGGGACCAGGAUGAGGACGUAGUAAACAUUUUGAUGAAGCUAACAAAUACUCAUUGUUGAAGACAUCACAAAACAUACACAUUAGAGAUGGUGACGCAUGUGAUUUUCUGAGUUUGUGACGUACGCUCGUGAGGUGCAUUAGUGCUAUGUACGCUGUUUCUGAGCUCACGGAGGAGCCCGCGCUGCUUUCGACAAAUUCUUUGGAGUUAAAAGCUCAGAUGUGUCUUGAAGAUUUUUUUUCGUACGAAGAAAUCAAAGAGAGACAAUUUUACAGGUUGGACAGCGGUGCAUGAUUUACUAACUAGAAUCCUGCUAACACCAUUGGCCUGACGCAUAAACCAAUCACACCUCUGGAAAAAAAAAAAAGAGACAUAUUUCUUGUUGAAGGUGUUUUGUGACCUGAAGAUUCUGCAUAGCUUCAAUCAAAGUGAAUCAAAGUGGAGUAUGUUAAGCUAACACAGGUUCCCAAUUAAACCCAAGUUUGUUACUUAAAAAAACAAAAUUCUGAUGGGGAGGAGUGUAAGAUCAAAAACUGUGCCAGUGGCUGGACGAGACAAUCAGACUGUACGUUCGUCUUUGCUCAGCAGAUGGUGCUAGCUUCCUAAAAAACACAGUCUGUAUUCAGUAGUUGAACAGUUAGAGAGUAAGCUCUCCUGGCUGCUUUUUCUCAGUCUUAUCGCGUCAGCUUUUGAUUUUAAAGUUUUUGAAGCUCGAUAAAUACAAUUUUGUUUCCCAUAAAACAUGCAGCUGGUGCAGGCGGCAAAGCAUCCACGUGGAGAUUCCACUUUCCUUGCAGCUCCAAGUGUUUUCUUGAGUGAACUUUUUACCCAGAGUGAUCUUAGCAUUUCAAGCAUUUCGUUAAUGUAACGCAGCCUGGAUCGGCCAAGAAGAAGUCCAGCUCCUCCAGGGGACAUGAUGUGUGACCCAUGGGGCAGCUGGCUUAUUUUGUAUAAAUGAAUGUGUGGACACGUGUUACCUGAUUUUGUUUUAAUUUUUAAUAUUCGUCACACUAUCUCAUUUGAACCUCCCCGAAAUGUGAAGAGAAAGAACCACUCCUGCUCAGUUGUUGCGAUGAAAGCACAAGGUUUUACGGCAUUUAGACAGAGGUUGCAUAAAAGUGACAGGAAGGAUCCUGUAAAUCAACAACAUGAAUCACUUCAUUUGGCACAGAUCCUUCAGUUUUCUUUUUAUUGCGUUUUAGUUCACACACCACACGUGUGAAUCACUUGCAUUUAUGUGACAGAUAAUGACUGUGUGUGUGAUAAUGAAUUAUUGAUUUCUUGAACGGGACCAGGAAAUUGAGAAACGUUAAUUGAAGUUGUAAAGCUCAGAAAGACUCUGUUCUUUGUUUUUUUUUUUUACAAAGACAAACACUUGUGCUUCUCACAUUUUAUUGAUUUGGACACUAUUGUCUGUAAUGUUUACCCUUUGCUGUAUUUGUCAGUGCAUUAUUUAUGGAAUAUGAAGCAUUUAACAUUCUUUAAAACCUUUAUUUUUUAAAUGUAUCGCAUGGUUGUAUGGACGGUUGUAAUUAAAACCUCUGUUUUCUUUCUUCAUAACCACCAUGCGGAUGUCUUCUCCGUCAGCUCUUUGCUCUCACUCUGUUUAUGUACAUUACUUUGUUUUUUUUUUGUACAGCUGAAGGUAUGUCCUUUCAACGCAUUGUAAUUUAAAUGGCUAACAAAUAAAAGCUAUCUUUGGAA